AUGUCUCGCCGCGGACCCCGGCAAGCCUGGCGCGGCACGGAGCACUCCGGGCAGGGCAUCCGCGGCGAGGCUCGCCGGGCUCGCGCGGAGGAAGGCUCGGCUUCGGGGGCUUGGCCCGCCGCCCGCGCCCCCCCUCCACCACCGCCGCCGCCGGCCCGGCCCGGCCGGCCCCCCCGCGCCGCAGCUCACGUCCCUCCGGCCCGGCUCAGCGACGCGCGCGGCGAGGCAGCGGCUCGGCCGGCUCCGGGGACGCCCGAGCGCUUGCUCGCUCGCGGCGCGGCGGAGCCAGCCACAGCCACCCGGCGCCGUGCUCCUCCGAUCGGGGCCGCAAGGGUCUCAGCGUCCUCUGCGCUGUUUUCCAAGGACGUGGAGACUUGGCUUAAGGACAUCCUCAGCUUGGCCUCUGUGCAGCUGGCCUAAGUCAUCAUUCCUGCUUUAUAGUCACUCAGACACAUUACCAGGCUCUGCCAGGGCUUUUUUUUUUUUCCCCCCAAUCAGGGGGAAAAAAGAAAGAAGAUUUCUAUCUCAGUUCCUUGGUUCCCUCACAGUGAGAAUGAAAAUUUUUAUGAAGUCUUAAAUUUGGUGGUUAUUGUCCCAUUACCUAUAGAAACUGCCGUAAAGACUGCAUUCCGCUCCCAUCAACACGUGCUCUGGGCGCCCAUAACAUGGUCCCCGUGCUCAUCCCGGGAAAAAGGGCCGCUCCUCCCCUCUGCGAAGGACUCCCAUGCAAGCCUUGGAGCGCCAAGGAGGCGGAGUGAGGCAUUAGAGCCGCCUGUAAAGUGGGCGGCUCCCGGAGAAUUGAUUCUGAAGGAUGGGGGACCGAGCACCAUCAGAUGCUCAAGUCAGAAGGGAACUUCCUGGGAUUCCUGGGAAGGUCUCCCAGGUUGAGCCCAGGAUCCAGAAAUGCCAAUCCACCAGGUGCUAAUUCAGGCAGUUUCUCAGGCCCUCCUCUUCGGCUUUCUUGGCCAUGAAUUCUCUGGUCUGGCCCACGUUGCCCCUCUCGAUGUGAUUGGCACAGGCUGUCACAUGUGGGUGCCCGGCCGUGCUCUCUGCCCUGCCCCUCCCUUGCAGGAGUCAGCUGCGGGUCCAGGUUGGGAGCAGGAUGACCUCUGCUGGUCUCUCUCUUUUUGUUUCCCUUCCCAAAGGAUUCCUCCGCACAUGCAGCUGAAAGCGCAAGGCACAUGCUGUCCCUCUGCUGCAUUCUUGUAGGCAGGACGGCAUUUCUUUCAAAGAGGGAAAUAACAGCUCAGAAUAUUCUUGGGGCUGGUUGCUAAAUGUGACAAGAGCUUAAUGACUUAAUGCAUUACAACCAGCGGCUCUUGGCAUCCUUUUCUGCGCUCCAGCUGGACUGUUCAGUCCUGCACGCCCGUCGCAGGCAGCGUAGCCAGGGAACGCCUAGUGCAGGUACCGGGCAGAUGGGGUUUGUCUGUCUCCUCUGUGAGAAAGGGCAUUUCUCUUAAUUGACUCAGCGGGUUAAUAGUCUCGGGUGCCAGGCUGAUACUGUCAGACACCUCUGGGGGAGAAACGCUCCUGCUCAGGCAACCCCUAAAACUUAUUUAUUGACCUUCGCCAAGCCAGACCCUGAUGCUGGCAAAGAUUGAAGGCAGAAGGGGAUGACAGAGGGUGAGAUGGUUGGAUGGCAUCACUGACUCAGUGGACAUGAGUUUGAGCAAGCUCUGGAAGAUGGUGAAGGACAGGGAGGCCUGGUGCGCUGCAGUCCAUGCGGUGAUAAAGGACCGCACGCGACUGAGCAACCGACCAGCAAGCCAGCCUCUGCUUUUACGAGGGAGGGUGGAUUGACCCUGUUUGUGAAUUUGGGGUCUUGAGAUAUGAUCUGACCAGCGUCAGGUACUCCUUAGAAGCAUCGUUGUCUGUGAGCUUUUUAUUAUUGGCAAAUUUGUUUCUGACACUUAACAGCUUUCAGUACUGAAUAUUUUUUUCCCC